AUGCUCAUCUCGCUGUUGGUGUCGUUCACCAUCGUUCACCAUUCGUCCGGCGUUCUCCGGUUUUCCGGAAAUGAGCUCAGAGAUUGCCUGUACGACUGCCCGAAACGCAAUUUCUCGUUGGCUCGGAAAAACUCGGAAAAAUCGUGUAUGGGCGACGACGCGAUCAUCGCCGAGAUUCUCGACGGCUACAACAAGCUCGAUUUGCCGGGCGGCGGCGCCGUCGACGUGUCGAUCGAGAUUUGGGUCCAGGAGGUCUCGAAAAUCAUCGAGAUCACGUCGGAAUUCGAGUUGGACAUCUACGUCACCGAGCGUUGGACCGACCCGUCGUUGGCCUACUCGCAUCUGAAUCCGUGCAAAAGCAAUAUGUCGGUCGACGGAGCGACGAUUCUCAACAAAAUCUGGAAUCCGCACGCGUGUUUCGUCAACAGCAAACUCGCGAAUAUCCACGAGAGUCCGUUCAAAAACAUUUUCCUUCAAAUUUAUAGUAAUGGCAGCAUAUGGCAUAAUUAUCGCAUAAAACUCACCGGACCCUGCUCGAGCACUUUGAGAACGUUUCCCAUCGACCAGCAACGCUGUAUGCUGUUCUACGAGAGCUUCACCCACAACAGCGAUCAGGUGAAGAUGGAGUGGAUCACGACGGUGCCGCCGAUCACGAUACUCAAGGGCAACAUCACACUGCCCGAUUAUGUGCUCGUCGAUUUCUCGGCCGGCUCCGAACUCCGCCUCUAUCCGCCCGGCAUUUUCAACGAGCUCAUCGCCACGUUCACGUUUCAACGAUUAUACGGCUUCUAUAUUCUACAGGUCUACGUGCCCGCUUAUAUUUCCGUCUUCAUCUCAUGGGUUUCUUUCGCGCUGGGACCCGAACAAAUCCCGUCGCGGACCACCGUCGGCGUCAAUUCGCUUCUCGCUUUAACGUUCCAAUUCGGCGCCGUCGUCAACAAUUUGCCGAAAACGUCGGAUGUCAAAGCCAUCGAUGUCUGGAUUCUCAGCUCAAUGGCGUUCAUUUUCGCGUCGUUGAUCGAGUUGGCUGUCGUCGGCUAUUUGUCGCGAUAUGGUCAUCACGGCACCAUAAAAUGCCGCUGCUCAUGGUUGUGCAUGAAUUGCAAAGAAUGGACGGCGAGCAAACUCGACCAGAUGUCGUCGCUUCUUUUCCCGAUUAGCUUCCUCAUAUUCAAUAUUUGGUACUGGUUUAUAUUCCUUGGGUGA